AUGGCAAAUGGUAUACGAAGUCGAACAGGAUGCCUCACGUGCCGACUUCGUAAAAAGAAAUGUGACGAGGGCCGACCAGUAUGCCAGACCUGUCACUCCAUCGAAUUGACGUGUUAUGGUUAUAAUACGCCUUUCCCACGUUGGUAUACUGACAAGACCAACUGGGAAGAGGUGAAGAACUCUCCUGAGGCUAAAGCUCUUCGAGCUCUUGCAGAAACUCGUUACAAAAUUCGCAGGAAGUUUGGACUGAAGAAAUUUGCCUCCGCCCCUGACACCAGCAACGAGAACACCGUUUCUGAUGAUUCAUUCCAAUUUAAAUCGUCAUCUACGGAGAACAGCGUUGCCAUGAUCUCAAAUCCGUCUUCCAGAGCCGUGACUACCCCAAAUGUAUGGCAACUUUAUCCAGAGACGAUAUGGUGGGAUAGUGCACUCUGCAAUUUAGCACCGGUCAAUCCAUCUUCUUCUCGAAAAGACAUACGUUUACUCAUGGUAUUUUUGGAAGUCAUCCAUCCAAUAACACACGGAUUCUACCAGCUGUCAUCUAGCGGAGAUCGAAGCUGGCUCCUCAGCCGUCUUGUCGGCGAUCAAGCUUUGUAUCAUGCCUCCUUGAGCAUCAGUGCAUGUUUUGACCAUUCCCUCACACAGCCACCAAAGAUUGAUGCUAUCGGCAUCUGCUCCAAGGUGAGAUCCUUGCAGAACAUAGCAAUCCAUGAAUUGCAGACCAGAAUUCAUGCGUUCGUGACCGAGGAGAGGCUGUCGCUCCAAGACUUCGUCUGCGCUGGGGUGCAACUCCUUGACAUCAUCUUGAGCCUCAUCACCCUCGAGGUUUUCAGCAUGCUGCAAGGGCACUGGGAGACGCACCACCAAGCCGCAAGAAUGCUCUUGGACUAUAUUGAGACUUAUUCUCUAUCCAAAGGUGACAACAACAUGGGUCAGAAUGGAUCUCCCAUUGCAUACGUUCUGCUGAUGCCUCCAUUGGACGACCAACAAAGACGCACCAUCAUGUUUUGCCUGGCUAACUUCAUAUGGGUUGAUGUUAUAGCUACGGCUACCUUCGGACUUUCAUGUUAUACUCCCUGCGCUUUCGACUACCUCUCUCUUCUCGAGAACGGCGAUAUCAAGCCCGAACAUGCCAUGGGAUGUCAAGGAUGGAUCCUGGCAAGCAUCGUGGAGAUUGCAAGGUUGGAGCAGAGGAAAACGGCGCAGCAAACCCAGAUAUGUAUGAUAAGUACCACGGCGGAGACCACGCUUCGAGGUCUUCAGCUUUCAGACAAGCUCAGAUCUGGAAUUGAGAGACUCGAAAAGGAAGGCCGCAAGGCAAAUGUGCCAGUUGCUUCUAGUCUUGAAGAAGACAGCAGACUCGUCAGCAUUCUCUGGGCCUACGCUGCACAAAUAUUCUUGCAAGCCACAAUUCUUGAGGCUGAGCAUGCGCAACCAUAUAUCGAUCAGACUUUCAUCAACAUUUGCCUCCAGAAACUCGAGGAGCUACCCACUCGUCUUAUGAUCCGUGUUUGUUGGCCGUAUACGAUUGUCGGAUGUAUGGCCUCAGAUGAGUUCCACGCAAGAUUUCGCCGGAUUGUUGGCAGGACUAUGGAACAAUCUCAGCCUCCUGGUAUGACAUGGAAGGGCCUGAUGGUAAUGGAAGAGUGCUGGAGAGGCCAGCAAAUACAUGAGUAUAAGAGGAACGGGUGGAGAGAAGCCAUGGAACGUCUUCGUUCAAGGAUUCUUCUUGUCUGA